UUUUUUUUUUUUUUUUUUGUUUUCCUUUUCGUUAUCACUCUCUCUCUCUCUCUCUCUCUCACACACACACAUAAUAUGUCUACACAUUCUGGUAUUACUGCUGAAUCUCUCAAAGCUACUAUUAUUGAGCGACUUGAAGCUCAACAUGUGCAAGUGGAUGAUCUCUCUGCUGGUUGUGGACAAAUGUUUGAAGUGGUUAUUGUUUCGCCUGCAUUUGAAGGUUUACGAUUAUUGACUCGACAUAAACUUGUGAAUGAAAAACUUAAAGAAGAAAUCAGUAAGGUGCAUGCUUUUUCUCAGAAAUCGUACACACCUGAAGAAUGGGAAAAGAAGAAAGCUGAACAAAAUUAAUUUUAGAUUAUAGAUAUUAAUUGUACAAAUAUCACAAUAAAACAUGACGAUUAUUUUUGGUACCUUU